GAAGUUUAUUUUUUGUAUUUUGUAGUGAUUUUUCUCAUGCUCAACAAUUAAAGGGCGGGUAUUGUAUCCUUGUUAUGGUUGCAUCGCUUUUCCGCCAAUUUAUCUCGUAUAACGAAUCAGAUUUUAUAUUCUAGGCGGUGUCCAGCAUUAUCUAUAUAUCAUAGUAGUUCUUUUAUAUGAUAAUCCGGUGAAUUUUUGGUGGAAACAUGGACGAAAUUAACACCUUUCUGAAGGAAUAUCACAACGAACUUCAAUCUCCUGCCGCUGAUGAAAUAAUUCACCCGAAAAUUGUUGGAAAAUAUAUAUUGGAUCGAAGUGACGUAUCGAACCAGAUAAUUGAUUGGGUUCUUCAUUAUCUAGAUUCUAAAAAAUGUCCUUAUCAGUUAGCUGUUGCUAUAGCGAAGAAUACUGCCCAACAGAUUGAAGCUAACAUUUUAGAACAAUCUCAAGAAUAUGUUAAUUCAGAUAAAGAUGAAUUACUGAAUACUUUAACCUUGUACACUGAAACUAUUAAAAAAUUACCAGUCAUUUGCCAAUCCUUCAUGGAUGACUUGAAUGGAAAAGAAACAUUUUCCUCCUCUUGUUCUUUGCCAUAUACAGCAUCUGUAUUUGCAAUAAGGAAUAAAAGGAGGAGAAUGGAAGAUCGUCAUGUUAUUCAUCACGACCUAAAUUUAUUGCUUGAUUUGAAGAAUGCUCCUGCUCAUAGUUAUUAUGCUGUAUUUGAUGGCCAUUCUGGAGUAGAUGCUGCUAGUUAUGCUGCUGCGCAUCUCCAUGUAAAUAUUGCGAAACAUCCAUCAUUUUUGACUGACACUGUAACAGCUAUUACUGAAGCAUACAAGAUCACAGAUGAAAAUUUUCUUAAAAAAUGUAGUGAAUGGAAUCUAAAAAGUGGUAGUACUGCAAUUUGUGCCUUAAUUAGAGAAAGAACUCUAUAUUUGUCCUGGGUAGGCGAUUCACAGGCUGUUUUAGUAAAAGAAGGCAAACCUGUAAUUGUAACGAAUCCACAUAAACCUGACAGAGAAGAGGAACGUAAGAGAAUUGAAGAUCUUGGAGGUGAAGUAAAUUGUCAUACUGGUAUAGCAAGAGUGAAUGGGGUAUUAGCUGUAACACGUGCUCUAGGUGACAUAGACCAUAAAAGAUUCAUCUGUAGUGAACCUGAAAUAACUACAGUUACCCUUGAUGGAACAGAAGAUUUCUUGAUUUUAGCUUGUGAUGGAUUGUGGGAUGGAAUGUCUCCUGAAGAUGUCACAUCUGCUUUGUAUCAUAAUUUAUCUGGAAGUGCCCUUGACGAACCUUUAGAUGCUGUUGCUGCAAAACUUGUUCAUCAGUCUAAAUUGCAAGGUUCUGAAGAUAAUAUUACUGCUGUUGUUGUUUUCUUACGAGAUAGUAAAACAAUUAAAGAAUAUGCAACUGAGCUUGUAACACGAGUAUCUCCACAGUUAAAUUUCUUUGAAAUGAAUGGAGGAGAAAAAGGAUGUCCUUCUGAAGAAAUUUCAAAUUCUCUUUGUACUAAGCCAACAGUAUUAGAAUUCAAUGCUGCAUCAGCUAAAAAGUUAAAGAACACAGCCAAUGUUUUAAGUUCAGCUGGUAUUACUGAUCCAUCUUAUGCCUGUCCUUAUUCGGAGAGCUCUAUAGAAGGUGUGGCAUUUCAGAAAGUUACUUCUGAGGCAAUUUUUGUACCUCAAGCAAAAAUCCCUUCUUGUCUUGCUCCAGAAGCUACAGCUUUAAGUGAAUUGCCGACUCCGCCAAUUGAUGAUGUUUUAGCAUCACAGGAUUUUGAGAAACUUAGUUCUGAUUUGAGCCAGGAUUUUAGUUCUCUAUCACUUGAGCCUAAGCCUGCUUCAGAUUCCGCAGCAGUUAAUAUUAGCUCAUCUUUUGGUUUGACAGAAACGAAUGAUAUUUUAACUUUGGAAGAUACGAAAUAUGCUAUCACACCAGAAGAGGCAGUUGAUAUAGCAUCAAGUGUUGUUUCAAAUACUAUUGAAACAGCAGUGAAGCAAAUUUCCUCAAGUGCAAGUCCCGAGGCUAUAUCUCCUGUUUCUACACAUAAAUUAAAUCCAUAUGCAGAACCAUUUGUGAUGAAAUCUUUUAUUUCCAAUGAAAAUCAGGAUCAGACCGAUCAAACUACAGCUGGUCCUGAAUCUGCUCCAAGUGAAAUGCUAUCUGUAAAUGAAAAGAAUGAAUCUUCUGUCAUUAAAAGUGUGGAUGAUCUUCCAAAUACUAUUCCUAAUCUUAUUGAUACUGACAAUGUGGCAUCAGAAGAUUUCUCAUGUGCAGAUAAAUCAAUUAAUAAACCGGAUGAAUCUAAUACUUCUUUAAUUUCAUUAGGUAAUGAAUGUAAACAAGAUCUUUUAACACAUACUUCGUCAUCCACUAACGAACCAGAACCUCAGUUCAUUGAAAAAACAACAGAGUAUGUUAAUAUGAGUCCUAAUCCAAAUAUGCAUUCAGAUGUUAAUAAUAUUGUAGAACCAUGGUCUGAACUUGAUACAAAUAUUGCAUCUGCUCCUCCUUUGGAGGAUUUACCUGCUUCUAAGGAUGAGAAAUUGGAAUUAUCUUUUACUUCAGCAAUAAAUACUACAGAUGCAAUCAAUGUAGUAGAUGAAUCUUUUUCUAUAAAUCCACAUGAAAAUCCAUCUGAUUCUAUAAAAGAGGAUUUGUUUAAAAAUGUAACUCCUGGUUGUCCAAUUUCAGAUGAUGGUCCAUUCAUUUCUAAUGAAAGUCCUUUCGAGCUGAAUGAGGAUUUAAAAAAGAAUUCACCAGAGGGUCCUAAAAGCGAAAAUCCUACUUUGCCAAAUCAAUUAAGUGAUGGUGCCUUAUUUACCCAUGAUUUACCUGCAAGUUCAAAUAAUAUAGAUAAAACCAAUAGCAGUGUGUUACUGGAUCAGUCAAAAGAGUUAUUUAAUUUAAGUGGUAUGACUUUAUCACCACAAAAAGCACCUGAAGUAGAAAACUUGUUGGAGAAUGAACCAUUGAAUAAAAGUAACAAAAUUGAGGAUACAGCUGAGAAAAGCAGUCCUGUGAAAGAAGAUGCUUCAGCAUCAAUUGGCGCUCUUGUAUCUGUAGAAAAUACAUCUGGAAUAAGUAAUGAUGCAUUACCAGACCAAGUAAGUAAUGCUGCCAAAAUUUUGAAUGAUAUAUUAGCCAGUCCAAAAAAUACAACUGAAAUCGGAAAUAGUUUAAUAUGUGAUGCAAAUACUGAACUUGCAACUACAGCAGUUGUAUUAUCUGUUAAUUCUGUGGAUGAAUGUCCUGUUGAAACAACUGUUGACCUCCAGGCUUUACCUGAGGGUAUUCCAGAAGCUGAAGGAGUAACUGAAGAUGUUGACUCGGAUUCUGAGAAAGAUGGUGGUUGGAGUUAUAUGAAAGGAAACACAGUUGUUGGUGGAAAACCCAAACCAAAAGAGACAUUGACCAAAACUGGAAAACAGUCAAGUAUGUCUGAUGCAACACUUAAAACAAAGAAAGAACCAUUAAAACCUUCACUUGAUAGCAAGAGUAAAUUGAAAGCUGCUCCACUUGAUAAAACCAAGAAACCUUUACCUGAGAAAAAAGUUAUGGAUCCAAAAGAUCCAAAGAAUAAAGUUAGAAAUGUACCAUCUACUUUACCCAAAGCUCCUGUUGAAAAAUCUACUAAGCCAACUACUAUGGUUAGAGUAAAGAAAGAGCUUCCUGUAUCAUCUGUUAAUAAAGUGACUUCAGUUGCCUCUACAAAGUCUACUACUGUACGAAAUACAAUGUCUACUAGUAAAUCUGCAACGCUUACAGGUACAGGACAAAGUCAGCUUUCAACUCCAAAACCUGUCAGCAGUUCACCAACUAUUGGUACUGCCAGACCAAAGUCUGCAGCAAGUGGUAUUGGAACUAAAACAACUGCUAGACCUACUGGUACUACAGUUCCUGCUUCAAAGGGAUCAUCUACCGUUCAAAGUAAUAAAUCAAAUGUGGCAUCUACUGCGCGGAGUACUACUUUAAGUCGACCUGCCAGUUCAACUGUUCCUAAUAAAACUAUAACUAAAUCCUCAACAUUAGCAAAACCUCCUGUAUCUGAAUCAAAAACAAAACCAGUUUCUACAAUGAUCAGAAAAACUGCUGCCCCCCUUGCUAAAAAACCAGAUCCUAAAGAAACAAAUGUUAAGGAAACAAAAGAUACUGUAAAUAAGCAAAUAUCAGAAAGAAAAAAUGUUCUGAAUAAGAAAGAUACCCUCAAGAGUGCAACUAUUCCUGCCAAGAAUGUUACAUCUGUUAGUAACAAACCAGCUGCAGCCAAACCACGCCCUGCUCCCAUUAAGAAUGAUAUUAAUAAAAAGGAUGUGCCAAAAGUUAAUAAAACAAUAGCAAAAUUACCUCCUAAAACCAAUACUUUGUCAAAAGCUUCUCAAAAUGCUGCUACUGGGAAAGAAAAGAAAAACUUGCCUCUUGAAGACAAAUCUAAUGAAAAGAGAAAUGAUCCAGUUGUUGAAAAUGAACAAAGUGUUCCUGAAAGUACUCCUGUUUGUGAGGAAGAAAAAUUUAUUCUUGAGGCUAAUGAUAAAGAAGUGAUAGUUAAAGAACAAGAUGAAGCCCCAGUGAAUUCAGAUUCAAAGAUUGUGGUUGAAAAUAAUACGAAAAUGGAAGGGAAUUCUUCCGAAGAAAUGCCAGCAGCUAGUGUUGCAUCGUAAAAGUUUACAGUAGUUCUGCUAAACAGCUUUUCAAGUUCUAGUCUGUUAAUUGAUCUCGGGUAUUAUAUCCUUUAAAGCUGAGCUGCUUGAAAAUGAGUAGUUUUUACAAAGUUGGGAACUUGAUUAUCAAAGGAUGCAAAUCUUUUCAAAGCCUUUACUUUUUUAAACCAAAGACAUAUAUUAUUAAUAACAUUUUAAAAUCUGUUAUAAAAUUUAAAUAUUACAAACAUAAUUGUGAAAGUAUUCUUUUUUGUUAUUUGCUACUUUGCAAAGUAUUUGGUUCAUUAUUUGAUCAAAGUAUUUAAUAUCAUGUGACUCUGCAAAAUUUAUUCAGAUUUACUGUCAUCUUCAAAAAUAUUUUUUGUGCUUGUUUUCUUCAAAAAGCAAUGCUUAUCAUUCUCUUUAUAAAAUUAACUAGUGCUAUAUAUAUAUAUAUAAUAUAUUUCUGAUUUUUUUAUUAAAGAUACUUAUAACAUUUAUGUUAAAUCUCCUGGUAAUUUUAUUAGAAAUGUUCCAAUUAAUUCUAUUUCAAGACAUUAAACAUUAAAAGCUUUUAUUUUAUAUCAAAGGGAAGAUUUUCUUUUGAAAAUGGGCUUUUAUGAUUAAAGAAAUAUAUAUGGAAUUUUAUGAUAAAGGAAAUUAUCAAAUUGUUUCUCUGAUGGAAGUUAUCCUAUGUGAUACAUGAAUUAGUUUUUGUACCUGUAUUGAUGGGCUCGUUGAAUGUCAUUUUAACUGUAGAAAUUGAAUUUUAAAAAAUUCAAUCUAAGUAAUUGUUUUGAUGUAUUAUGUGUGCAUAUCUGUUUUGUCUUUAGUUUUGGAAACUUUUGAGAAUUGUUUUUAGAAAUUGAUUUUAUUUGUUUUGAAAAGUUUUAAUCCCUUACAAAAAUAUUUGUUUUAAAUUAAAAUUUUCCAUGUAUCAUUAAUUUUAUAUUUUCUAAUCCCUGUCCUUCCUUAAUCAAAUUUUAGUAUGCAUAUUUUAGAAAUUGGAAGCUUUUCAGUUUCUUUCAUCAUCUGUAAUCAUACCCAAUAGUUAUGAUUUUGCUGAUAAAAAGAUCUCUUCUAUAUGUUUUCAGUCUUUUUUUUUUCUUUUUUCCCUUACUUAGCUGUCAAAUAUUUGAAAUUAUAAUAUUUAAACUUUAAAGUGUUCAAAACAAUUCAUUUCAGCUUUGUUCUAUUUUAUCUUUCAUGAAAGCUGGAAUGAGUAAUGUAAUUUGACUGAAAUUACAAAGACGUUUAGUAGCAUUUUUUUUUUUUUUUUUUUUUUGUUUUUGUUUCUCAUGCAUAAAAACAUUGAUGAAAAAAAUGAGGUGGGUAGGAUAGGUAAUUUCAGAACCUGUUAACUAUGCACAAUAGAAAAAAAUAUGGUAAGAAGGAAAAUUUUAUUAAUUUUGCUACAUAAAGCUGUCUAUUUGUGAGGAGUUAUUAAUCCAAAAAUCUUUUGUUGGUAAUCUUAAAAAUUGUUUUUAGAUCGUCAAAAGCUAUAGGAUUUUGUCAUUUUCUGCCAGGAGUAAUUGUAAUUUUAGUGUUCCUAACAAUUUGGUAUUUAGAAAAAAGUAAUUUAAAAUAUUAAAAUGUUUUUUAAUUAUAAUUUGAUAUAGUUGUUUUUAAAUUAUUAAUCAUAAUAUGUUUUGAAAAAUUACAUUUUGCAUGAAAAAAAGUAUGAUCGAUCAUUUAAUUAUUUGUUAUUUCAAUGGAAUUGAAUUUGUUUCUCUUCAAAGAAUAAUGCGCAUGAGAAUAAUGUAUUAAUCGUAAUCCUGUGAUACUUCUGUACUUAUGCUGAUUUUGAUAAAAUUUAUAUAUCCUCAAUUUUGGAAAGUUAUUUCUUUCUAAUAUUUUUAAUAUUGACUCUUUUCAUUGCUUUAGGGUUUUACCAAUAUUUUAAAAUUCUCUUAAAUCUGUCAUUCAAAGUUUGAUGUUAAUGUGAUUUUUUUUUUCUCUCUCUCUUUUAGCCUUGUAUUGUGUGUGUUGUCGUCUCUAAAUAUAUCCUUAAUCCAAAGAAUAUUAAUGAAUGUAAACAAAAAUUAAUUUUGUUUUAUUCAAUUGUUAAAAAAAUAUUAAUCAAACAUUAAAAAAUAUUGUAUGAAAGAUUAUUCUUGAUAUCUUUAAGAGCUAUUUCAAUUCUUGUUUCUUAGGUUGUGAAUUAGUUUAGUGGUUAUGGGUGUGUUGUCUUGUGCUUUUUUGUGUUUUUGUUGUAUACAAGCAAUCUAAAUUUUGCUUAAAAUGCAUGAAAAAAUAAUCUAAAAUGCAAUUUUUUCAUUCAUUUUUUUAAAAUUAUCAUUGCAGAACAUAUGUAGAAAAUAACAUUUUAUUGUCUUUAAUAAGCUUCUAUUUCAUUGCUAUGAUAAUUUAAUUGCAAAUGUAGAAAAUAUUGAUAUAUAUUCUAUUCUUUUUAAUUUACUCUGACAACAUUGGUGAAAGUAGUUUACAUUAAAUUUCACAGUUGUGAUGCAUUUUAAUCAUAAUUUGUAAUGCUGAAUUUUGCUCAUAGCUUUACAAUUUUAUUCAUGUUUCAUGCUUUUCUAUUGAUUAUAAUAAAGUUAAUCCAUUUGUAUGUACAGAUGAAUGUUGAUUUUAGCUAGAGCUUAGUAAGAAUUGUUGCGAUCGAACUGCAGUACCUAUAUUUCAAAUAUUUUGUACUGAGCUAGGUGAAUUUCAAUAGAUUUGAUAAAAACAAUGUUUAUAUCAAAAUGUUUAUUGCAAGUUAUAUAUGGAAAUUUUGUAUUGGUAAAUGUAUUUCUGUGUAAAUCAAACUUUUGCAUUUGUAUUCGAGAAUAAACUUUGGGCAUUUUUUCAAA